AAUAACAAACUAUUAAAAGGGGAACCUCAAAGAAAGUUUAGCUAAAUGCUCUUUUAAAGAGCCUACUCUGCCUUACUUAUACCUCAAGUAACUAAAAUCCUAUAUAUUCAAAGACAGGCUAGUCACUAACAUUAACAUUAACACAAAUAUGGGACCCGUGCGAAACAGAGGAGGAAAUGGUCAAGUCGGUUGAGGUGAAGGGAAGACGUACCAUCUAUAUCCGGAAUGAUCGGUCCAUGUUAGGGUGGAACUGAAUUAUCACGUCGAUGGAAGUUUUGAACGCGUCACGGUGGACCUGUGCGGUUUGUGAUCUGAACCAGCCUGGUUUAGUGUUUUUAGUCAGACUUCCCGUUGCGAUGGAACAAAUAAUGACUUUCAGCCGAUGCUGUGGAACAACAGAAGAGGAGCAGUCUAGUAGAAGUAGAAGUAGUAGUAGUAGUAGUAUGGACGAUUGUAUUUUUUGUUUGAUAAGCAAUGGUGAAGACGAAUAUACGGAACUGGUUCGAAAGAAUGACGACAUGGUCUGCUUCAGGGAUAUAUACCCGGCCGCCCCUCACCACUUUCUGGUCAUCCCAAGAAAGCACAUCAAGAGCUGCUCAUCACUCACCAAGAAACACGCUCCUCUGGUUCAACAAAUGGCGGAUAUGGGCAGAGCUGCACUACGAGAUCAAGGCAUUACUGAUAUGCAGGACAUAAGGCUUGGGUUCCACCAACCUCCUUACAUCUCAGUCGAUCACCUCCACCUCCACGUUCUCGCCCCUGCCAGCAGGAUCGAUGAAAACAUGCUUUAUAAAUUCAUCCGUCGCACCAACAGAUUCAUUAGUGAAGAAAAUCUACUGAUGUUAUUAAAUUCGGGAACUUCAACAGAAGGAAGAUCAAAUAAAUAGAUGUUGUACUUUGGACCGGCCUACU